GCAUUGCUCGCUAUUUUGUCACUAUUUUUUUUCCAAAUACUUUUUCAUUUUUUCAUUUCUUUAAUUGUAUGGCUACAAAUUAUUAUAACAGGUAGAAUUUUAAUCUCCUACCUUACAAGCAAAUAUAUAACAUAGCAGCUAACUGGCUAACUCUUCCGGAACUUCCUGUCAGAUCUCGGCGGGCGAAUUUGAAAAAAAGAGUAGCUAUUUUUCUUUCAUCUGGCAAGGCGCGCAGAAACACGAUAGACGUUUUCUGGUUUAUCUAAUUUCUGGUUUAUAAUAAACAGAAAACAUUGAUGCAUGCACCGAACAUUUUGUAACUGAACAGUGUUAGGACCUAUUUUUACAGUCUCUGGUUAGGACUUAUUUGUCCGACUUGCGCCCUGUCAGGUUCCCUGCCUUGGCUAAAUGGCUAGGUAGAUAUUUUAGCAAGCGUUAGCUAACACUCCGUUUUUCUGCAUAGUUUUGCAUGGUAGCUACCUCCAACCUUGAGUAGCAGGAUUUUUGGAAGUUAAGAGAAUCAAGAUGAGCAACCGGACUAUACGACUAUCGUUGGUGGAGCAAGGGAAUCAUAAAGAAGAUUCAGAUUAUGACAGCCCGCAUCAAAGAAGGCGAUCGCCGAGACUGUGUACUACUACAAUCAGCAGUCAAAACGUGAUGGAGUUCAACAAUGAGAAUGUGCACAGUGUAGUCCCUGCUGUGAAGCGCUCCAUUACCGUGAGGAAGAUCGUUCCGAGGAAGACUCAGGUGGCUGGAACUCCUGGCCAAUCAGUGCGCCGUAGUCCUAGAGUUUCUGCAGAGUGCAACAAGGAGAAUGCCAAUAGGCUGUCAGGACCAAAGUGGGAGCAACCGAAAGUGUCCACCUCCACGCCCGCUGCCGCCCCUCCGCCGAAACCCGCCGUUCUGUCGCCAAUCCUGGCUUCCGCCGACCCCCCUCCCGAGCAGCGGCGGGACACCGCGAGCCUCGAGUGGUCUCGGAAAGUGCGGCGCUCGUACAGCCGUUCGAGCGCCGGGGACCGCUCCUUCGAGGCCUCCCCGGCCCCCACGCCGUCGUCCCCGCCGCCCUGUCGCCGGGAAACCUUCUUCGGCUUCGAGCAGCUCCGGACCCCCACGGUGGCGGGCGGGAGGGCCGAGCGGUCGCGGCUGGGGGCGGGGGCGCCCUCGGAAAUCUCGCUGUCCGUGUGCGGGGGCUCCUUCUCGCUGCAGGAGGGGAACGGCAGCGUGGCCGACUCACCAGAGUGUGACGUGAACAUCCCCGGGGUGGUGCUGGUGAAGGAGAAGAGGAAGAGGAGGAAGGUGCAGCAGAUUAAGAUGUCAGAGUUUGACUUUCUAGCUGCACAAAUGAAUGCAGAAUUUGACGAGGCAGAGAGCUUUGACUUGGUGGUGGAGUGAUGGGAGAAAGGGAGAAAGGGGAGGAGAGCUCUGCGCGCGGUUUUGAUCGAUGAGGACCUCUACGAACAUUAACCCAGCCCAUCUGGAUGCAGAGACGACACAUCUCAGAUGGGUGUGAGGGACGGAUUGCUGACAAGAACUUUGGGGAACUGCAACAGAUCCUAUCCUGGAAUAAUAAAAACAGCCUUUCUAAUUCAUACAUAAAUCAGGAAUUAAAUCUGUUUUAUGGAUGUUUUUUUUCCAUGGAAAAUUCAUGUUCCACUAUGAGGCUAGCAAGCAUUUACGUUACAUAUUUAGAUUCAUGUUUCGAAAUUCAAAUCUAAACUAAUGUAGUGGGAUAUUAAUAUCCAACUGUUGCCUGGGGGAUUUGUUGCUGCCUAUUGUAGAUAAAGUUAUAUAAUUUCUAAAGGAAAUGUGUUGUUUAUAGUAGAAUAGACUUUCUCUGUCUUCAUUUUAAUCCGUUUUUUGUAUGUUUUCAGAAUUGUAACUUUCAUUUGCUUAUUGAAUAACAGCCCAUUUUACCAAGUUUUACUAUAAAUAUUUUUUUUGAGCUGGGGAUAUACAUUCUGCUUCAGCAUGAUUUGAAUCCCAAAACCCUACUGGUAGUAUGGGUAGUAUGAACCCUAAAGCAAUGGAACGUACCCAAAGUGCCAAUCAUCCAAAGUGCGUAAAUGGAGGCGCUAUUCUGUAUAUACGCCACCCCCUGAUGUGCGACCCAUAUGUGAACACAAUAGCAUUUCCAGUGAACUGUGAAGGACUCUAGUACAGUAGUAUAAUGUAAUGUAAGCCUGCAAGUGUUCCCGUCUUUAGGCCUGUUGGGAGGGCAGGGGACGUUCUCCGUUUUGUCCACUAGAGGGGGUACUUACAACAGGUUUCUCUUCCGUCCCCAAUGCGGACAGCAGCUCUGGUCAUGCAGAACACUGCGGUGUUGUCCUCAGAAGGCCACUACAUUCUGGCUCUAAUCCUACCUGUAGGUCAUACUGAAUUAGCAUAUUCUGUAUGUCCUAGGGACAACUGGGAUGAUAUGGAAAUAGGAGUAGAGAGGUGGAGUAGAGAAUCUACAUUUUCAGUACCAUGGCAAUAAAUGAAUGGCAACAUCAGUCUA